ACGUUUAGUUUUGAUCGUUUUGUAAAAUUGUGAUCAACAAAGCUGAAGCUUUAAGAAAUAACCAUCGUUUAGCGCCUUAAAUUCUAUAAUAUAAUAGACACAUAUUAGGGAAAUACACACAACUUCACAAAUAGUUAUUAAACAAUCAUGCCUAAGUAUUACUGUGACUAUUGUGAUACAUAUUUAACGCAUGAUUCUCCAAGUGUGAGAAAAACACAUUGUACUGGAAGAAAACACAAGGAUAAUGUAAAAUUUUACUACCAGAAAUGGAUGGAAGAACAAGCUCAACACCUUAUUGACGCUACGACAGCUGCAUAUAAAGCUGGGAAAAUUGCACAAAAUCCGUUUGGAAAUAAAGGUGCAGCUAUUCCACCUCCAUGGGAUCCUUCUGUUAUGGGUCCAGGAGGACCUAGGCCACCAGUACCUACACCUGGUGGGCCACCUGGCAUGAUACCACCACCAUCUAUGGGCCCUGGUGGGCCAAUGGCUCCACCAAUGAUGAUGGGUCCUCAUGGUCCUAUGCCUCCUAUGAUGGGCAUGAGACCACCAAUGAUGGGACCACUAAUGGGUCCUAUGGGCCCAAUGGGCCCCAUGGGACAGAUGCGACCACCUUUAAUGAAUGGACCUCCUAUGAAUAAGUAACAUAAGGUGAAAAAGCUUUCAACAAAUAAGUGCAGGAAAGGACUGAUUAAAGAUUAAAUAUAGUAUGUUUGUAAGUUUCAUAUACUUAUAUCAAUUCAUUAAAUAAUUAUAAAAUAU